GAAAGCAUAGAAAUUGGAGAAGGAAGAGAAAGAAGCUCUUUUUUUCUCCUCCUUCUCUCUCUGUGUCAAAGACUGUCUCUUUUGUUUUCUUUUUCUCGGAAACAAACUUUUCUCGAGAAGUUUUUUGAAGUUUAACUUUGUAGAGAGAGGCUUAAGCAUAAGUAACUACUUCAAUACAGACAGACAGAUAGAUCUGUGAAACUUGGUGUUUUCACUUCCUUAGCUGGAACUAAUAAGUGAAGAGGUUGAUUCCAAUGGGGUUGGUUUACAGUUUCAGUUAUAGUUUUAGCAAAUGAAAGUAUGUGCUGUGAAUUGGAGCAUUGGAAGCCCACACCAUCCCCGAUAGUACCUCUGAUUUCUCUUCAAGAAAGUAGACAAACCAGCAUAGACAUGAAUCACUUGACUGUUGAGACUGCUGAUACUUUUGCAAGCUUGCUUGAGCUCGCUGCUAACAAUGACGUUGAAGGCUUUAAGAGAUCAAUCAAACGUGAACCUUCAUGUGUUGAUGAGGUUGGAUUAUGGUAUGGUCGUAAGAAAGGCUCCAAGCAAAUGGUUAAUGAACUCAGAACCCCGUUGAUGGUUGCUGCUACUUAUGGUAGUAUUGAUGUUAUAAAGCUAAUUCUUUCUCUAUCAGAUGCUGAUGUCAAUCGCCCUUGCGGCCUUGACAACAGCACUGCCCUGCAUUGUGCCGCUUCAGGUGGGGCAGUGAACGCUGGAGAUGUUGUGAAACUGCUUUUAGCAGCAGGUGCUGAUCCUAAUUUGACAGAUGCCAAUGGUCAUCGUCCUAUUGAUGUUAUUGUUGUUCCUCCAAAGCUCCGAAAUGUAAAAUUUACUCUUGAAGAGCUUCUUGCCAUUGAUAGGGCAGUCAUUGGGCACAAUCUAAGGAUUUCCACAAGCACAUCAGAUUCAAAUUCUCCGCCUCUCUCACCUUCUGUGGAGAAUGGCUCUCCAUUGUCUUCAUUAGAUUCCCCAAUGAAGUCAAAACUCAAUGAUGGACCUACUGCUUCAGAGAAAAAAGAAUACCCAGUUGAUCCAUCUCUGCCUGACAUCAAGAACAGUAUCUAUUCGACCGAUGAGUUCCGAAUGUAUUCAUUCAAGGUCCGACCUUGUUCUCGUGCAUACUCUCACGAUUGGACUGAAUGCCCAUUUGUUCAUCCAGGGGAAAAUGCUCGAAGAAGAGAUCCUAGGAAGUUUCAUUACAGUUGUGUACCCUGUCCUGAUUUCCGCAAAGGGGCAUGUAGACGAGGAGACAUGUGUGAAUAUGCUCAUGGAGUUUUUGAAUGCUGGCUUCAUCCCGCUCAGUAUCGAACCCGACUUUGCAAAGAUGGUACAAGUUGUGCGAGGAGAGUUUGCUUCUUUGCCCACACUGUGGAGGAACUCCGUCCAUUGUAUGUAUCCACUGGUUCUGCUGUUCCCUCUCCUCGCUCGAGCACCUCUGGUGCUACUGCCAUGGAUUUUGCUGCUGCCAUGAACCUCUUGCCAGGUUCUCCUUCAUCAGUAUCUGUUAUGUCUCCUACACCAUUUACUCCACCGAUGUCUCCAUCCGCGAACAGCAUGUCUCAUUCUUCUGUGGCUUGGCCCCAACCAAACGUCCCAGCCUUACAUCUCCCUGGAAGCAAUCUCCAGUCUAGUCGCUUGAGAUCAUCACUUAAUGCAAGAGACAUACCUGCUGGGGACUAUAGUAUGUUGCCUGAUUUUGAUGUGCAGCAGCAACAGCUUCUAAAUGAAUUAUCCAGUCUCACUCAACCACCUUUGAGUAAUAAUUCAUUGAAUCGUUCUGGUCGUUUAAAGAUUCUAACUCCUUCAAACCUUGAUGAUCUGUUUUUUGCGGAGAGCUCUUCUCCUCGGUAUGCUGAUCAAGCAUUGGCCUCAGCAGUUUUCUCGCCAAGCCACAAGUCUGCAGUUCUGAAUCAAUUCCAGCAGCAGCAGAGUAUGUUGUCACCAAUCAACACAAAUUUUUCUCCUAAAAAUGUUGAUCCCCAUUUGUUGCAGGCCUCUUUUGCAUCAGGCAGGAUGUCUCCCCGAAAUGUGGAACCUAUCUCACCUAUGAGCUCUCGAGUGUCUUUGUUGGCUCAACGCGAGAAGCAGCAACAGCAGCUUCGCAGCCUCAGUUCUCGAGAAUUAGGCACCAAUUCUGCUGCCAUCGUUGGCUCCCCAGUGAACUCUUGGAUAAAAUGGGGUUCUUCAAAUGGGAAACCAGACUGGACUACUAGUAAUAAUGAAUUCGGUAAGCUUCGAAGGUCAAAUUCAUUUGAGCUUGGUAAUGGAGAGGAGCCUGAUCUAUCAUGGGUCCAAUCACUUGUUAAAGAAUCUCCUACGGAGAUGAAAGAAAUAAUGGCCAUGCCUGUCUCCACUAACGGUGCAGCUUCUUCGAGGGAGAGUUCAAAUGUGAAUUCCCAAAUUGAAUCAGUUGAUCACAUGGUGGGGGCAUGGAUUGAGCAAUUCCAGAUUGAUCAGCUUGUGGCUCAGCAAAAUUGAAAUUGAUUUUAGUGAGUCCUGAGGUAGUGAAAUGAGGCUAAGUUCUGGUAAAUACGUUCAUUUUUUGGGGGGUUUUGUUGUUAGUGGUGUUGAAGGUAACAGUAACAGAAAGGUCAUUUUGGAAAAGGAAAAUAUUCAUUUCACCAAUUUAUUGUUACAGCAGAAGUUAGAGAGAGAGAGAGAGAGAGGACAAAAGAAAAGGUGAGACAACCUCUGGGUUGGAGUCAAAGAAAUUAAGCCCAGAGUAGGUGUAUUUUUUGUUUUUUCUUUCCCAAUAUUUUGAAAUUUUAGAUUUCUGUCAUUGUCAUUUUUUUAACCUUUCUUUUUAAGAUGAGCAACAUAUUAAAGUUGCUAUGUAACUGAUUUGCUAUGUCUGGACAAGUCUUAUAUUUUCACCAUGACUUUCAAAAUCUAUAGAAAGCCAUGAGACUAAUGAAAGAAAAUUUUCAAGGUUA